AUGCCACCUAGUAGAAAGACCAUCAAAUCAGUUGGUUUCUGGUUGGCCCAGGGUGCCAAUUUCGCUGAUUCCAUGGCAGGGGGAUUAAUCGAAUUGCGGCCGCGCGGGCGAGUCUUCUGCCCCCCCGCCCAUACCCCGACCAGCCCCCUCGUGGAGGAGCCGGCAAACGGGGUGGAUCCAGCCGGGGCUGCCACUUGA